ACGAAGAAAUGCACAUUGAUUAUCAUAAUAGAACAUUUGAAGACGCGUGUGAUAGAAGUUGUUUGGAAUUUCGAAUAUUCGCGCGUGUUGAUGAUAAAUCUGGACCAUUUGAAUUUGGAGAACUACCAACGAGUCAUAAUGCUGAAGGUUUCAAUCAACAUUUAGAAGAACAAAAAAAAAUACGUAUACAAACAAUUGAAGAUAUCAAAGAACAAAUCAAACUGAUAAAUGAAAUUGUCAUUGAUGCGUUUGUUAAUUCAGGAACUGCGCCGCAUAUUAUCAAUGAACUUUACAACACGAUCCAUGAUAGUCAAAAGAAAUCAUUCAAGAGAUGUUUUACUCCUUGCAACAUUUAUAUUUAUGGUUAUAAUGAAAACAAAGUUUUUGUGUUUGAUGAUUUUUAUAAUCAUAACAUGGAAUUCUCGACUCUGUUGACAUUAAUCGAUAACAAACCACAUACUGUGCAGAAAAAAGAUACCCUAUAUUUUGGAAAUGAGACUGUUAAAAUAGAAAACAAAAGAAAAUAUUCUUCAAUUUAUAAUCGAUUUGACUAUAUUAUUGAGUACAAAAAGUUUAGAAAUGAUGAUGUACGCCCUUGUGCAUUUGAGUGUCUUUGUUGUUUAGUAAAAAGAAUUUUUCAUAAAGGCUUAUAUGAAAAUUUUGUCAAUCUUCGAUUUGAUAUUGAGUUUAACUCUGGCUUAACGCUCAAAGAAAUUGCUUAUAUAGUUGAAGAUUACAAAGAAGACAAAAUUGAUUAUGAAAUUGAAGAAUUGGAUAAUAAUGAUGAAAAAUAUGAUUCAGAUUCUUCGUUAUCUUCUAAUGAUAGUGAGGCAACAAGACGUAGAAAAAAAGGAAAAGCUGUUUCAUAA